AAUACCAAUUUAAUAAAAAAUGAAAUUGUAUAAAUGAAAAGGACUGUACAGUAUCAUUCUCAUUGUCAUCUAUGAAUUACUUUUUAUUUUUGUAUUUUAAUUAUAGGUGACAUUUUUCAUCUGGGGAGAUUUUUUGAAGAAUUCCCUCACAAAGGGAAUUUGCCUAAUGGAGUGACUUAAACCUGUUUUUUGAGGAACGGGUGAACUUGCAAACAGGGUCCGGUUAGUGCUGUCAAGUUGAGGUUUCUCAUAACAAGCACUGUGGUGUGGUUUCUUUGGUAUUCAGGUUGUUUACCAUUGCUUUUUGGCUUACAAGCAUGGGGAGCACAUGCAAACUGUGCACAUCCUGAGCUGGACUGAAAGCAACACCUGAACAAGCUGCUUAAGAGCUGCAAGGCACCGGUGUGACCUGCUGCACCCCUGUGCAGCUUUUGCUUACACAUAUCCGUUAUUAAAUUAAGCAACAGGCAUGAAGUGGCAUCUCUGAUUUCAAGAAUUUGAAAUCAUUGAAGAGUGUUAUACUGUAUAUUAUAAAUUGAGCCGUUGUCUGAGAAGCACAUACAUUGUAGCACCAGGGCUUCAGGGUUGAACCACAUGUGGAAGGAGCCUGCAUAGCUGCCAUUGUAUUGUAUGUUCAACCUGUUUUCACUAACAUUGUAACUUGUACGUUCCAUCGUUUCUUCGCCGCACACUUGUAUUUCAGUUUUAAAAAUGUUUUUGUAAGUGCUACAGCACUGAUGAUUAGCUUUGAACACCUUCAGGAUGGUUUUAUUGCAUACACACUUUUGCCUCUGCCAUUCUAUCCUCUCCAGGUAAAGCUCAGUUUGUGCCCUGUUCUUACCUGCUACCUCCUACCCCACAACAACGAUGUCUUGUCCCACACCCUCUCCCCCGGCCAUGGACUCCUUUCUGGCCUGCUCGGGGUUGUCGAAAGGGUUGCUGGAAGCAGGAGAUGGGGAAGAGGCCAUGCUGGGAGACCUGGAGAUCAAUCCUUAUGACGGCCUGCCCUUCUCUUCAAGAUACUACACUUUGCUGGAGGAGCGUCGCAAGCUGCCUGUCUGGAGUGGGAAAGACAGCCUCCUUAAGCUGCUGCAGAACCACAGCGUAGUGGUGUUGAGUGGGGAAAGUGGUGCUGGCAAAAGCACUCAAGUUCCGCAGUGGUGUUUGGAAUAUGCCCAUUCUCUGAAGUUUUCUGCUGGGCUCGUGUGUUGCUCACAGCCAUAUGCUGCUGCAGCAAGCAGCCUUGCCUUCAGAGUGGCUGAUGAGAUGGACCUCAGCCUGGGGCUUGAGGUGGGCUACAAGGCACCGCAUGAUGACAGCUGCACUCAAGAUACCCUACUCAGGUUUGUGACCGACUCUAUUCUCUUGAGUGAGAUGAUGUCCGACCCAUUACUGCGCCAGUAUGGGGUGCUUGUGGUUGAUGAGGCCCAAGAAAGGACAGUGGCAACUGAUGUGCUGCUUGGACUGCUCUGGGAUGUGUGCCAGCAGAGGAUGGACUUCCGUGUGGUAGUGCUCACCACGUCAUCGUUAGCAAGCCGCGUAGUCGCUUUCUUCGGAGAAGGAGCCGAGCUCCUGUCCUUGCCUUCCUCUGCUAAGCCUGUUUCUGUGGAUACACUGUAUCGUGAACCUUCUGCCAACCAAGAGCCUGUAAUGGCUGCCUGUCACACGGCCCUUGACCUGCAUUGCAGGGGGGAAGACGGGGACAUUCUUGUGUUCCUUGCCAGUGCCCAGGAGAUUGUUGAGUGCGCUGCUCUCUUGGAGAAGGAGUCGCUUGCUUUGAGUCCACAGCUGGGGGCCUUGAAGGUGCUGCAGCUGCACUCGGGCGCAGGAGCAGCCACCCAGCGUGUGUAUGACAUGGGGACUGAGGGGCAGGGGAAGGAAGAGGAUGAGUUAGGGUGGGGCGGCUUCAAGCGCAGGAUCAUCUUGACCGACACCCUGGGAGAAGCCUCUUUCUCUGUCGCUAGCAUACGAUACGUCAUUGACACAGGGCUUCAACUCAAGACUGUCUAUAAUCCGCAGGUGAGAGCAAACUUCCAAGUUCUGCAGCCCAUCAGUCGACAUCAGGCAGAUAUGCGCAGACAGAGAAUUAACAGCAACUUAGCAGGGACAUGUUUCAGGCUUUACCCGCAGUCCCUGUAUGAGGAGGGCAUGCCGGAGACCCGUAUGCCGGGUGUAGCGGAAGAAAAUCUCAGCCACCUGGUGCUUCUGCUCAAGAGGCUGGACAUUGCAGACAUGGGCCAGUGCAAGUUUCUCGACCGCCCUGCUCCAGAAGCUCUCAUGCAAGCCCUGGAAGACCUAGACUACUUGGCAGCACUGGAUGAUGAUGGCAACCUGAGUGAAGUGGGCAUCAUCAUGUCAGAGCUCCCUGUGGAGCCUCCCAUGGCUAAGGCCCUCAUCGCAGCCUGCGAGUUUGAUUGCGUCAGUGAGCUGCUCACCAUUGCUGCCAUGCUUGCAGCUCCGUCGUGCUUUGUAACACCACUACCUCAGAAUGAGAGGGAAGCAUUGGAUCAGUGGCUCCACUUGCAGCAUCCAGAAGGAGAUCACUUCACACUCGUCAAUAUUUUUAAUGCAUAUGUCAAUAGCAACGAGGAAGAAGGGUGGUGUAUAAAAAACUUCCUGAAUCCUUCUGCUUUGCGAUUGGCUAGAAUUAUCAGGGCGGACUUGCUUGAGGUGAUGCAACGAAUUGAGUUGCCUGUCUCACCACCUGCCUUUGGUUGCCAUGGCAACAACGACAACAUUAAGCGGGCACUCAUUUCAGGGUUCUUCCUUAAGGUAGCUCAUGAUGUGGACGGCUCAGGGAAUUAUCUACUUUUGACACACCGUCAUGUGGCACAUCUGCACCCCUAUUCUUCAUACAUGUGCCGUCUUCCCCAGCCCGACCCUCCUAGCUGGGUGCUCUACCAUGACUUCACCAUCUCAGAUGACAACUGUAUCCGCAUUGCCUCUGAAAUACAACCAAAAAUGUUGGUGGAGUUGGCUCCUCAGUAUUACCUUGGCAAUCUGCCGUCCAGCGAGGGAAGGGACGAGAUUAUGGAGCUCAGACGCAAUUUGGCAUCUGCCAAUGGGCAGGGCGCACAGGAAGCGGAAAUGCUAAUAAAGGGUGCCGAGAACCUGGAUAAUGAGACUCGUGAGCAGUACGGCAAGGAACUUUGUGCCCUCCAGUGACCCAAGUGUCCAAAGACCAGGGACAGUGAUGCGAAGCCUGCCAGGUGUGCGCUGACAGUAAUGUUUACCGUCCCUUCUCUUGCUCUCAUACACUUCUUCAGGUACACUUUUGAAAAGAAAAAAAACCAUAUAAGUUUAGGUACCCGCUGACAUUUUGUUUUGCUGAACAAGGUGAAAAUUUGACACAGCCUUUGUAUGGUACAAACUUAAAUACAAAAUCUUUCAGCAAUUUUUGAUGGAAAGGUUCAUUGUAAAGAUUUGUAGAUAUUCAUAAUAACAAAACAUUGAAUAUGACAUCAAAAAUUGUACAUCUUGUCAGUCACUAGUUAGAAACAUUUGGCAGCAAUAACAGCUUUCUAAUUUUUCUGUAGUCAGGAGAGAGUCCUUAUAGUUCUUGGAUUUUAUUCAACCUUCCUGUCACAACCCCAGUACCUUACAGACACACGCAGCGCAUGUCUCAGAGACAGAGAAGGGUCAGUUGAAAAUCUUCAGCUUCUUUCGUGUAAUUCAUCAUUUGCUGAUGUUUGAGUAUUUCCUGUGUCAUAGGCUGACACAGAGCUCCAAAACAUAAAUAGAUCAGUGCUUCAGUUUUUGCCUCCAGAUGAAUCUGUUCUAAAGUUUUCAGCUUAGCAAGGUUUUGUUUUUUUUAUUGACUGUGGUCUCUGACAACUCCUGUGGACAUCGUUGCGCUGAUGAUACUGUGGACCCAUGGAUAACUACUUCAUUGUCUUUACCACUUUAUGGCAGAUCCUUUACAGUGUUCCUUGGGUUGUGCAUUACACACCUGACCUGUUUAUAAGCAAUUCUCCUGAGAGAUUUUAAUGGCACUUUCAUACUGUGCCUUGAUUACAACAGUCGCUUUUGUUAUGAAAGGAUGGAAGUAAAUCCUUUCAUAGGUCCCCUGCUGUAUGAAAAUUAAUUUUGUCAAUUCUUCAGACAGCUGAUUAGAUCACCUAAAGGUUGUUGAAAGUUGGCAGAACAAUCACAGUGAAAGUUUUGGAGUUGAACAAAUACCUAUCUUCACAUAUAAGGUGAAAUAAGUUCAUUUGAGUGCCUUUGUGGGGGGGGGGGAUUAUUAAUCUGUCAACUGAAACAGUGCUCAAAUAUGCCACGCUUAUUUUUUUUAUUCUACUAAAAUUCAACAAAAAUAAUAAUCAUGCAUUUAAGUUUACAUCAUAUAUGUUGGGUGUAACACAUUGUUUGCUGAUCAAAUAAACAUGUCUUUAUAUUAUUUAAAAAUUAAAACAAAAAAUGAUACACAUUAUUAUUCAAGGUUUAUUCAAUGGUAGCAAGUUUUCCAGGGCCAGAAGCAAUAAAGCAUCCUUAGACUAUUACACUACUACCACCGUACUUGACUGUAGAUUGGAUGUUUUUACUCUACAGGACCCAUACUAUCAAAAAAGUCCAACUUCUGAUUGAUCGGAGAACAUUUUUCCAGGACUCCCAGGGUUAUCCAGGAGCUUUUUGACAACUGGAGAUGGCCUGCCCAUGUAUUCCAGUUCUGUAGUGUUUCUUAUUGUGGAGCCUUAAACACUCAGUUUUUUAGGUUUUUCACCUUGUUGUUUUAUGCUUUUAUUGGGGUUUUUGCAGGACAGGCAGUACAAGUUCAAUUCACUACUGUUCCAGUCUUUAUUGAUUUGUUGACUGAGUCUAUGGUCUUAAGGGUGAGGGUCAGAGCCUUACGAAUAGGAGUGUAACCCCUUUGACCUCUGCUUUUCCUUUGGAGGUCUUCAGGAAUUUCUUUUCAGUAGGGUAAUGGUGUGCCUAUAAGAACCCUUAUUUUGCCAGCUUGACUUUUGAUGGUAAGUGUUUACUGAAUUUACUGUCAUUAAAUUCAUUGUUUACGAAAGUA